UCAAUGCAGAUCUCUAGAUACCUAGCUUCUAAGUCUGAUAAUGUCAACAGCCUGCUGGCAUAUCCGGCUGUUGUGGAGGCAUUCCAUAAAAGCAACGCUAUACUACCCAGUUCAGCUGCUGUUGAAAGACUAUUCAGCGUUGCUUCACGAGUUUUCAGUGCGCGCUGCUGUCGGAUGUUAGAUAAAACUCUGAAUAACGAUAAGCUAGUGUUUCUUCAGUUUAGGAUUAAAUGA